AUGAGCUUGACUCCCGAAGAAAUCAACCUCCUUGAGGUUGCAAGAACGACAAUCAACUCAAUCCCCAAAUCAGAUACCCACAGCGUAGCCAGCGCGGCUCUUUCAGCCAACGGCCAAGUUUUCACCGGCGUGAACGUUUUUCACUUCACAGGCGGACCAUGUGCCGAGCUUGUAGUCCUCGGUGUGGCCGCCAGUGCUGGCACUCCUCGUCUAUCGCAUAUUGUUGCUGUUGGGGAAGACGGCAAUGAGGGAAUUAUUCUCAGUCCCUGUGGUCGUUGUCGACAGGUACUACAUGAUUUGCAUCCUGAGAUUCGGGCUAUUGUGCAGAAGGGUGGGGUGGUGAAAUCCGUCUCUAUUGAUGAGUUGUUGCCUUAUGCUUAUGAGCCUAGGGAGUAA